AUUUCCCCCCCGCGCUCUCUCUCUCUCUCUCUCUCUCUCUGCGCAUCAGAUUCAGAAACUGAAAAGGGCACGCGCACGUAGGGUUUCUAAAACUGCAUCAAAAUGGUGCUCCCGAAAUGAAAAGAUUAUACUGUCCCACAACAACUACCUUGCUCGUCCACAUUCGACCGUAUAUAUCCUUUUUCUCUUCUAGUCUGUCUCUCUGAAAGUGCUGCUUCUUCGCCACCUGCAAUUGAUUUGUCGGUUGAUGACUCGCAUUUGAAUCGUCCCGUUGAAGAAGGUGAAUUAGGGCCUACGAAAUGGAUUUGUCUUCGUUCCUGACAUCGCUGGCGACGUCGUUCGUGAUAUUCGUGGUGUUGAUGCUUCUUUUCACGUGCUUAUCGGCUAGAGUUGGGAAUAACGUUGUGUACUAUCCGAAUCGGAUACUCAAGGGUUUGGAUCCGGUGGAAAGCAGAUCCCGAAUUAGGAAUCCCUUCUCCUGGAUCUUGGAGGCGUUGUCGUCGACGGAGAAGGACGUGAUCGCCAUGUCUGGCGUCGAUACUGCCGUUUACUUCGUGUUCUUGAGCACUGUGUUGGGUAUCCUGGUGUUAUCCGGCAUCAUACUGCUACCAGUUCUUCUGCCGGUUGCUAUUACUGAUAAUGGAGCAAAGUCUAAUUCAAAUACUGUUAGCAACGGGACGUUCAAUGAACUUGACAAGUUUUCUAUGGGAAAUAUCACAGGAAAGAGUCCAAGGUUGUGGGCAUUUUUUGUUGCCACCUACUGGGUCUCGUUUGUUUCAUUGUACCUCUUAUGGAAGUCCUACAAUCAUGUGUCGUGGCUGCGAUCAGAAGCUCUUAGGUCUCCUGAAGUGAAACCUGAGCAAUUUGCUGUAAUUGUGAGAGAUAUACCUCAUCUACCUGAAGAUCAGACAAGGAAAGAGCAGGUUGACUCGUAUUUUAAAACCAUCUAUCCUGAGACAUUUUACAGAUCUUUGAUUGUCACGGACAACAAGAGGUAUGGUGUGAACAAGAUUUGGGAGGAGUUAGAAGGGUAUAAGAAGAAGCUAGCACGUGCAGAAGCUGUAUACGGGGGCUCAAAAACAACAUCCAAACCAGAAGGAACAAGGCCAACUAACAAGACUGGCUUCCUUGGACUUGUUGGUGAAAAGGUUGAUAGCAUAAAUUAUUGCAAUGAGAAAAUAAAUGAAUUAGUUGCUAAAUUGGAAUCUGAGCAAAACAUCACUCUCAAAGAAAAACAGCAAGGUGCUGCUCUGGUGUUCUUCACAGAUAGAGUAACUGCAGCAUCUGCGGCUCAGAGUUUACAUGCACAAAUGGUGGACACGUGGACAGUGUUUGAUGCUCCUGAACCACGACAAAUUAUAUGGUCGAAUUUGAAUAUCAAAUUUUUUGAAAGAGAGCUUAGGCAGUAUGUGGUGUAUAUUAUUGUUGCGCUAACAAUAUUCUUCUACAUGAUUCCAAUUACAUUUAUUUCUGCUUUCACAACUCUGAAGAAUUUGAUGAAACUUCUACCAUUCAUAAAGCCACUUGCGCGUAUAACUGUUCUGAAGACAGUGUUGGAAGCUUACCUCCCUCAAAUUGCAUUGCUCGUCUUCUUAGCUUUAUUGCCCAAGCUCCUCUUUUGUCUGUCUAAACUUGAGGGCAUUCCAACCGAAAGUCAGGCAAUCAGGGCCGCUUCUGGGAAAUAUUUCUAUUUUACUGUGCUUAAUGUUUUCAUCGGAGUUACUGUGGGCGGUACCUUGUUCAGCACAUUCAAGACCAUUCAGAAGAACCCAAACCAAAUUGUGUCCUUGCUUGCUCAAAAGCUCCCUGGCAAUGCUACGUUCUUUCUGACCUUUGUGGCUCUCAAAUUUUUCGUUGGCUAUGGGCUUGAACUGUCUCGCAUAGUUCCUCUAAUCAUUUACCAUUUGAAGAGGAAGUUCCUUUGUAAGACUGAAGCUGAGUUGAAAGAAGCUUGGUUUCCUGGAGAUCUUGGCUAUGGGACUAGAGUUCCUGGAGACAUGCUGAUUGUUACAAUUGUCCUCUGCUACUCCGUUAUUGCUCCUUUAAUAAUCCCAUUUGGAGUUCUCUAUUUUGGCCUAGGAUGGCUUAUACUUAGAAAUCAGGCACUGAAAGUGUAUGUUCCAUCGUAUGAAAGUUAUGGAAGAAUGUGGCCCCACAUUAACAACCGUGUACUGGCAUCUUUAGUACUUUUCCAAGUUACCAUGGCUGGUUACUUCGGGGUGCAGAAAUUCGUUUACACACCAUUGCUAAUUCCUCUUCCUAUCUUGUCGUUAAUCUUCGGUUUCGUCUGUGCCAAGAAAUUCUACCCCGCAUUUCAGCAUCCUACACUUGAGGUCGCAGCCCAUAGUCUGAAGGAGCAACCAAACUUGGAGCAGAUUUUCAGAUCAUUCAUUCCACCAAGCUUGAGUUCUGACAAGGUUGAUGAUGAUCAUUUUGAUGAUGCUCUGUCCCAGGUUUCAAGAUCAACAUCGUUUGUCUGAUGUGUGUAAUUUAUGUUAAUUACAUAUCUGCGUUUAUUUGGUAAUUGUAAUGUUGUUGUGAAUAGUGAUGUUUUCAUUUUGUAUUUUGCUGGUUAAUGAUUAAUUGUUGAUAAUAGGCAUUAGGAACCAAGUUUGUUGAUUGUUUGUGCAUCUUGUAAGUUGUGACAUUAUUACAUACAGUCAUGUAAGAUUGGUGGCUUGAAAAUAUUUUAAGCGCAAACGUUCUCAA